UUGCUCGAGUAAUCCGUGAGGAUGAGACCAGGGUUUUAGCAAUGUCUCCGUUUUCUUCAACCUUAGCCAUGGAGUCUCUCCCUAAAUUGCACCACCCUCACCUCUCCCUCAACCGCCGCCACUUUCCAUCAGCACCACCCUUCUCCUCCCUCUCCUUCCGCUCCCAACCACCACCUUCAUUCUCUUCUUCCUUCAAAUCAUCACGUAUCAGAGCCUCAUCCUCACCCUCACCCAACAACCCUUCUUCUCACAACCGCCAAAACCCUUUCCUCCGAGCCCUCCUUUCACCUUUCCUCGAACCCACCUACAUCGCCAUAGUCGCAGCCGCAUUCUUCCUCUUGCGCCUCCAGCUCAAGCCCGCCAAGGCCACCGCCCCACUCGUACCUCAGCCGCCGCCGGCAGAGUCCGCCACCCUCGAGGAACCCCUACAGAGCGAAGAAGAUGAAGAGGAGACAGCCACCAUAGAGGAGCGGCUCAGCAACAACCCCGCCGACACCGAGGCGCUACGGUCCCUCGUGGAGGUGAAAGUCAGGGCUCGGAAAAUCGACGAGGCGGUUCAGGCCGUGGACCGUUUGAUCGAGCUGGAGCCAGAGGAGGUGGAGCUGCUGGUGCUGAAGGCGCAUUUGUACAGCCACAACGGCGAGCACGAACUGGCGAGGAACGGGUUCGAGGAAGUGCUGAAGAGAGACCCUUUUGACGCUGAGGCUUAUCACGGGCUUCUGAAGGCGACUUCGGAGCUGAACGAGCCAAUUGGGGAUUUGUUGAAGAGGAUUGAAGAGGCAAUGAAGCAUUGCGAGGCGGAGAAGGAUAAGGCUUUUGAAGCGAGGGAGUUUAAGCUCUUGAUUGCGCAGAUUAAGGUGAUUGAGGAUGACUAUUCUGGUGCUCUGAAGGUGUAUCAGGAGCUUGUGAAGGAGGAACCGAAGGAUUUUAGACCUUACUUGUGUCAGGGUGUUGUGUAUACUCUGCUUAAGAAGAAAGAUGAAGCUGAUAAACAGUUUGCCAUGUACCGAAAACUUCUCCCGAAGGAUCAUCCUUAUAAAGAGUACUUUGAGGACAACACUCAGGUUUUCUCGCAGAAGCUACGCGGAAUAGAUGCUAAGAGCUGAGAGUGAUGAACUUCUUAACUUGAUGGCAGUUAUGUGAGGUUUCUAUAGAGAGGGGUAGUCUUUGGUGUCCCAGACUAUUCUGAUGAUGGCAUGUGCCGUGAUAUUAGUUUUGGCAAAGUGUUGAACUAUGGUAUGAUUGUCUUAUAAUUGAUUAGAGGUUGCCACCACUUUUCCAAGUUAAUUCACAAUUCUGGAUCAGCUUUGGCAAAGUGUUGAACUAUGCUAUGUGUGUAUCAGCUUAAUUUUUUUUCUGAGUCAAUUUUUGUAUCUAGAAGCUACUCACAGAAUGACUAAAAGUUUGGAGGGUCUAUACUAGGAGAAAGAAGGGUUAGCUGUCAGUGAGAGGAAUUGCAGAAUGGAAGUGUUAGUUACCAUGAGGGGGAACUCGAGUUCAUAUAGGUGCUGGUUAGUGGAGAGAGAGGUAUUGUUGGAUAAUAAUUUUCUGUUUUGUGAAUGGAGAGAAAUAGCUGUUUGUAUGAGCUUGGCUCUGGGAAGUAGUAGGUCUCCCUCUUAUUUCAAUAAUACAAAUACCGUUUCCCUUUCACAAUCUCUGCUUUUCUGCCUUAGUUUCUAUUGUUGGACUCAGUUUUGUAUCAAUGAACAGCAAGUUCUGUUUUAAGUCA